CCUAUCGGUGGUCUCCACCAGCCCAGCCCGCCCUCCACAAGUUCACCCAUGCCGCCCAAAGUCGCCCAUCCUGCACAGCGUGUGUGACACAUGACCCCAUUGUGAUCACCACCACAACUUUCCGCGUCCUUGAAUGAUCUUCUGUCUUCUGCAACACUGGACCUCUCAAAGUGGCUUCUACCUUUCUUUGGCCUCCAACGGGUUUCUUGCUUCUAUUGUGUGUGAUUUAUUUAUUUUUUUUACUUCUUUAUAAGCAUAAAUAACAGGAGCUAAAAAAAUGACGUCCUUACCAGGAACGGUGCCGCGAAUGAUGCGCCCAGCUUCUGGACAGAACUACCCACGGACCGGCUUCCCUCUGGAAGUGUCCACUCCUCUAGGCCAGGGACGUGUCAAUCAGCUGGGGGGAGUCUUCAUCAACGGCCGGCCUCUGCCCAACCACAUCCGGCACAAGAUCGUGGAGAUGGCCCACCACGGCAUCCGACCGUGCGUCAUCUCCCGCCAACUGCGGGUCUCACACGGAUGCGUGUCCAAAAUCUUGUGCCGCUACCAGGAGACCGGCUCCAUCCGGCCCGGAGCGAUAGGAGGCAGUAAGCCCAGGCAAAUAGCUACGCCGGACGUGGAGAAAAGGAUCGAACAAUACAAGAACGACAGCCCGGGAAUAUUCAGCUGGGAAAUCCGAGAUAAAUUACUCAAGGACGGCGUCUGUGACAGAAGCACCGUCCCUUCAGGUGAGAAACUUUCUGUGAGUUCAAUCAGUCGAAUACUCAGAGCUCGUUUUGGGAAAAAGGACGACGAAGAGGAGGAGGAUUGCUUUAAAAAGGAUGAAGAAGAAGACAAGAAAACCAAACACAGCAUCGAUGGCAUCUUAAGAGACAAAGGAAGUCGAAUGGAUGAAGUGUCUGACGUGGAGUCGGAGCCUGAUCUCCCCUUAAAGAGGAAGCAGCGCAGGAGUCGCACCACAUUUACAGCCGAGCAACUGGAAGAACUGGAGAAGGCUUUCGAAAGAACCCACUACCCUGAUAUCUACACCAGGGAGGAGCUGGCCCAGAUGACCAAACUCACUGAGGCCCGGGUUCAGGUGUGGUUCAGCAAUCGCAGGGCCAGGUGGCGGAAACAAGCGGGAGCCAAUCAGCUCACUGCUUUCAACCACCUGUUGCCUAGCGGGUUUCCCCCGACAGGGAUGCCAACGCUUCCUACGUAUCAGCUACCAGACUCGAGCUACCCAACCAACAUUUUGUCACAAGAUGGUGGCGGUACAGUUCACCGCCCCCAACCGCUACCUCCAUCCACUAUGCACCAGAGUGGUCUGUCCAGCAAUGACAGCCCCUCCACUUAUGGUCUGGCUUCUAAUCGACAUGGGUUUUCUGGCUACUCGGACACCUUCAUGACAUCUGCAGCGCCGAGCAGCCACGUGAACCCAGUCAGUGCUGGGCUUUCCCCCCAGGUGAUGAGCAUCCUGAGUAACCCCAACGGUGUUUCCUCACAACCGCAACACGACUUCUCCGUGUCACCGCUACACGGCAUGUUGGAAACCCCUCCGUCCAAUACCGUGUCAGCCCCCAGCAGCCAACGUUCAACAGACGCGUCCAUUAAGACGGCGGACAGCCUGGCGUCCUCCCAGUCCUACUGUCCCCCGACGUACAGCACCACCAACUACAGCGUGGAUCCGGCUGUGGCGGCUGUCGGCUACCAGUACAGCCAGUAUGGCCAGACGGCUAUGAACUGCCUGACCAAGAACGUGGGCCUGUCCAGCCAGCGCAGGAUGAAGCUCUCCGACCACUCAGGUGUUUUGGGACUGCUGCAAGUGGAGACUGGUCAGGCGUAUUAGUACUACUCAGUGACCGCACAGAGUGAACAGGACAACAUACACCUCCCACCGCUACCAUGCAUUACACAAUUUCACAGUCAUUUACCGUGAUAUUCGGAUACAGGUGGUCCUCAGGUUACUUCCAUAGCUCCUUGUAACAGCGCAUGGAAUCCAUGACCUCUACGUAGGCCUGUCACGAUAACAAACUUAGACUGAUUAUUUUCCUAGUUUGUCAACAUUAUUUUGAGACUAUUUUUCAUUAAUGUAUUGAUAAUUCAUGGUAUAAUAAUGCAAGUACACCGUAUCAAAAGCAAUAAACUGUAAUUUCUCAAGAGACUUUUUCUCUGAAACCUAAGCAACAGGUUAGAAAUCUUGGAGUAAUAAUGGACUCAGAACUGAGCAAUAAUGAGUUUUUUAACACAUAAAAAAAGAUUGAGAGACUAAUCCAUGCCUUUGUUGAUGCGCAAACGGGCGAAAAUAGAUUUUCACAACAGGCAAUAAAUUUAUUAGAAAUUAAUAAAUAAAUUAUUAGAGCGCUUGGCACACGACUCACACAGCUAGCAAGUAGUGCACUCUCUCACGUGUAACGCCACCUAAACCCACUGGGACAAAGAGACUGAAUGACUGACUGGAGCGUUCGCUCACACUGCUCAUUCUGCUAUAAAACCAACACGCCCAGGUGUUGAGGGAAACAUCCAUAGUGAACCCUCUUGUCAUCCAGCCUGUUUGAGGGAGAUAGAGUGGAGAAAGCUAACACGCAUGAACGUCAAUAUAUAGAGACCGGCAAAAUUUAUCUUGUAGUUAAGCAGGCCUAACCAUCUAAAAUAAAAUAAUCUUUAUCCUGAAUGAUGGUCAUGGUGCAAAAAGUUCAUGUUCUCCAGCGAGAACAUUGAAUCCAUUCUUAGGAGCGUGUGUUCAUAACCACAAAUAAACACAAUAAACUGAGAAUCACCUGUAUUGAGGGGAAUUAUUAUUAAGAUGCUCAAUGGAAUCAUUUAAAAAUGAAGUAUGUUUUCAAUCAUAUUUUAAUUUAUUCACUGAAUAGGUUGGUUUAUUUUUAUCCUUCAAAUGAAUUAGUUUAACAAAACUGGAAUUUGGAAACUGCCACUAAAAGUGCAAAUGAAUGUGGUGUCGGUUAUGCAUGUUUUAUAAACAUGUUAUCAUGUUUAUGAUGACAUAAUUAUCAUCAUAAUUAUCAUCAUCAUUUAUAUUAUGUUAACAUGUUAAUUAUCGUCAUCUCAUAACAAACAUGACAACUAUGAUUGCAAGUGUGAUACAAACACAUCUUUUUUUUCAGACCGUUCCAUUUUCAUACAACUCUCUGAUUAAUGUAAGAAAAAUUGUAUAUCUUUGUAACAUAUUGUCAACUUGACAAGAAAAGUCAGGUGUUUUAAAUAAGAUUCAUCAAAUGUUGUCAUUUGAGCCAAACAUACGACACUAUUGCAGUGUUUCUAUUCAGGCCAAGGAACAAAGAGUCAUAUAAAUGAGGAUUAGGAUGGAUAAAUCAUCUCAUCUGUGUUUUUUUUUUUUUUAAUUCAUCCUGAUGUUGUUUCAUUAUGUCAUGUCACUGUCCAACAAAAAGCAUGUAUGUUCAUAUUUUAUCUAUAUAAAGCCCUGGCAAAAUAUUUUUAGUGUUUUUGGAAAUACAUGCUUUUUCUUGAACAGCAAUGAAUGACGUUUUGUACACUUUAAUUACACUUGGCUUUGAUUAUUUAAUAAAAACUGAAUUUCACUAAAUGCAUUCAUGUGUGUAUAUGUCUCCACAAUGAUUAUCACUACUUUUGUUAUGAGAUAAUUAAAUAACAAAAGAAAUGACACUGGGCCCCCCUGGUCAGUUGUCACCACAUCUGUAUUUUUCGGGUCCUUGGAAUUUUCCUAUCUUUUUGUCCUGAAUUGAAACAAUAGUCACACACAC